UCUCCUCUCUCUCUCAAACCCAAUCUCUUUCUCUCUCUAAACUCCUUCCAAUUAUUUUUUAAUAUUUUUCAUCAUUCUCUCAACCACUGCAUCCUUCAAUUCUCAGAAAAAGGGAAAAAAAAAUCUUUUUCGAUUCUCGAUCGAUCGCUGCUGCGAUCGGCGCCGAUGAAUCGAGGGUUUGAUUGAUUCCGAUGGUCGCCUUUUUGUAAUUUCGAUGAUGGGUUGCUUCCCUUGCUUUGGAUCGACCAAGGGGAGCAAAAUUGAGGUGAAUAGUAGUCAGCAAGGAGGAGGGGAUCUAAAGAAGGAAGCUUCAGUUGCCCCAUCCUCUGACAAAUCAAAGUCACAAAGUGGUUCAGAGUCCAAGAAUGAAGCUUUAGUUACCAAAGAAGGAAAUGCUACCCGCAUUGCAGCACGAACAUUCACUUUUCGUGAGCUUGCUGCUGCUACCCAGAACUUUAGACAAGAAUGCUUGAUUGGUGAAGGUGGUUUCGGUCGUGUAUAUAAAGGUCGCUUGGAGGAUGGACAGGUUGUUGCUGUGAAACAACUGGAUAGGAAUGGCCUUCAAGGAAAUAGGGAAUUCCUUGUGGAGGUCCUCAUGCUUAGUCUCUUGCACCACCCAAAUCUUGUAAAUCUUAUUGGUUAUUGUGCUGAUGGAGAUCAACGACUCCUUGUUUACGAGUUCAUGCCAUUGAGAUCGUUAGAAGAUCAUUUGCACGACCUUCCAUCUGACAAGGAACCUCUCGACUGGAAUACUCGGAUGAAGAUAGCCGCUGGUGCAGCUAAGGGAUUAGAGUACUUGCAUGAUAAAGCAAACCCUCCUGUUAUUUACAGAGAUUUAAAGUCGUCAAACAUUCUGCUUGGUGAAGGAUAUCAUCCAAAGCUGUCUGAUUUCGGGCUUGCAAAACUUGGUCCAGUCGGAGACAAGACCCAUGUCUCUACACGAGUUAUGGGCACCUAUGGCUACUGUGCUCCAGAGUAUGCUAUGACUGGACAGCUGACUCUCAAAUCUGAUGUCUACAGUUUCGGUGUUGUAUUACUUGAAAUUAUCACUGGACGUAAAGCAAUUGAUAGCACCAGGCCUACUGGAGAACAGAAUUUAGUAGCAUGGGCACGUCCCUUGUUCAAGGACCGAAGAAAAUUUCCGAAAAUGGCAGAUCCACUGCUACAAGGCCGCUAUCCAAUGAGAGGCCUAUACCAAGCAUUGGCAGUUGCGGCUAUGUGCUUGCAGGAGCAAGCUGCAACUCGGCCUCUUAUUGGGGAUGUCGUCACAGCACUCACAUACUUAGCCUCACAAAGUUACGAUCCAAAUGCAGCUCCUCCUCAAAGAAACAGAGCUAGCCUACAUGCUCUAAGGACCAAGGAGGAGAGUAGAGGCCUUGGAGGUGGAUUCGACAGUCCACGUGCUAAUGAUUCACCUCGUCAAAAUUCUCCUGGCUUCAGGUAUAAUAGGAAGGAAACCUUGGAGGAGCCUGAAGCACAUGAGUCUCAUAAUGACAGCCCAAAGAACUUUGGGAAAGCAGUAGAAAGUCGUAGGAGUCUUAAGGAUAUUGACAGGGAGCGUGCAGUUGCAGAAGCCAAGCUUUGGGGGGAGAAUUCAAGAGAGAGAAGACGAUCAAAUGCAGCUGGUAGCUACGAAGGCACAAAUGAAUAGCAACCCCACGCGAUAAUAAUGUAUUUAAAAAGCUUGGAAGUCAUAUUUUGCAUCUUGAAUCCAUUCCCCUGCUCGCAAAUAAGGUUAAUUAUUAUUAUCACAGUUCAGGAAGGUGAAGAUCUUUUCAAUUGAUCCCAAUUUACACAUGUAGCUCUGCACCAUCAUGCACCAUGGUGCAGUUUUGCACUUUGUACUUGGGGCUUCUGUGUGAAGCCUGCAAUGGUGCCUGUCAUAUUCUGUUACAUAAGAGAGUUUAUGAGUGUUGUUAUUACCUGUAUCUCAUAUCAUAAGAUUAUAUAUUCUAUUACAUUUUCAAGUCUUGCCUUUUACAGUA